GGUGUGUGGCAGAGAAGCCAAGGGAAAAGGGAAAAGGGAAAAGGGAAAAGCCAAAUCUCCAUUUCUGACCAUUUGAGAUUCCGACUCUGUUCCUUCACUCUUCCCUCUCUCUCACCUUCUUCCAACUUUACUUGGAAUUCGCCUUCCAGAGCGAACGUGUAUCAGAGAAUCCUCAAGCACACAUACCAUACACACACAUCUUCGAAUCCGCCAAUCGCCAUAGGAAAGUCCAACUCCGACUCUAGCUAUACGCACUUCCACAAUUGAUACGCUGCUUCAUUUCGAUUUAUAAUUAAAAAAAAACCGGAAUUCCCACUGUUCAAUCUUAUUCCGCAUACGUCCCACACCCACACACCCACCCACACGCCCACAGAAUAAAAACACAAAUUUCCAACAAAGCACGGGCAUUGCCCACGACCUCCGCCUUUGGCGGAUAUCUUUUUACUGAUUGCAACCGAUACGAAAGCGCAUCUCAAAUUCUUCAAGAACGCAAAAUUAUCAUGGCGUCGGUCGCUGCCCCUAGAGAUUUUGCUGAGAAGGCACAACCCUCCCCUACGCCUUCUUUACCUUCUUCCUCACAUGGUUCUCCCCAAUCUCGUCCUACAACCUCCAAUGUCAGCGCCAUCACAAGCACCGAAAAUCUAAGCAUGAAUGGAACUACGAAUGGAACGAUUACUCCUCCUCCUCCUGCCGUUCUCAAGGCAGCUCCUAUGCCAACGACUGCCGAGAAACCUUCCAUGACGAAACGUUUAACUCGAAUGUUUUCUACAAAGGAAUCGAUACGGUCAGAAAUCAAUCUCACAUCUGCUGCCGCCUCUGGCUCCUCGACGCCAAAAGUUGUGGACGGCACAACAUCUCCCAAAUCAUCUUCGAGACCUGGAUCUCUGUCCCGCAAGACAUCGUCACAAGAGAAGAAGAGCCCAUCCGAAAAAUCGAGUGCCACACCGAGUACAAAGGACAAAAAUGGUUCGACAAAAGACAAAAAGGCACCGACAAACCAUCAGCGAUUCCUUACCAUGCCUGAUGUGCAAGGGGGCCACGAGCAUCAUCUGAAGAGUGCCAAGAGACAAGAGAAACUUGGGGAAAUGCUGCGAGGCUUGAUUAGCGGGAAGGCGAAACAAUCCGAAACCCAUGAAGGCGAACAACAACUUUCACUCAUGUCCAACUGGGUGGAUCAACUGAAGCGUGAGAAAGAAUCACUGGCUACAGAAAAGAAGGGUGGACCCAAUGCGACGGCAACAUUGGUUGACAAAUACGGAAAAUGUAAUGAAGUCAUUGGUCGGGGUGCUUUCGGAAUUGUCAGGAUAUCCCACAAGAGGUCUGAACAGGGAACCGAGCAACUUUACGCUGUGAAGGAAUUCCGAAGAAGACCCGAAGAGAACGAAAGAAAAUACAGCAAGAGACUCACUUCGGAAUUCUGUAUAUCUUCCUCAUUACGACACCCCAAUGUCAUCCAUACCCUUGACCUCCUUCAGGACUCGAAGGGAGACUAUUGUGAGGUCAUGGAAUUCUGUGCAGGUGGUGAUCUUUACACUUUGGUACUCGCCGCCGGAAAGCUUGAAGUUGUGGAAGCGGACUGUUACUUCAAACAGAUGAUGCGUGGUGUCGAAUACAUGCACGAGAUGGGAGUCGCGCAUCGAGAUUUGAAACCAGAAAAUCUUCUUUUGACCACACACGGUUCUUUGAAGAUAACAGAUUUUGGGAACGGCGAAUGCUUUCGCAUGGCUUGGGAGAAGGACGCACACAUGGUAACUGGAUUGUGUGGCUCCGCUCCUUACAUCGCCCCAGAAGAGUAUAUUGACAAAGAAUUCGACGCAAGAGCUGUCGACGUUUGGGCUACAGGUGUCAUUUACAUGGCCAUGCGUACAGGACGUCACCUUUGGCGAGUCGCAAAGAAAGACGAAGAUGAGUUCUAUGAGAGGUAUUUAGAAGGUCGAAGAGACGAGGAGGGAUAUGCUCCCAUCGAGUCAUUACAUCGAGCACGUUGUCGUAAUGUCAUCUACUCGAUACUGGAUCCAAAUCCUCACCGCCGUAUCACUGCUUCACAAGUUCUCAAGUCCGAAUGGGGUCGUGAGAUAAAACUCUGUCAAGCAGGUGAGGAAGGACUCUGACAUUAUGUGCUGGAUAGCGGAAUUACAUGCAGAAAAAGCAUGUUCAAGAGCAUGAUCGAACAGGCAAAUCUUCAACAAGACCUCAAGCCAUGUAUAAUCGACCAUAAAUUCCGCUCGACCAGCAGCUUCAAUUGUCAAGAAUGUGGUUUCAUUUGUUAUUACGACCCUACUGGUAUGGGAGCAUAUAAAGAAUUGAAAGACGACACUGGUGUCUCUUCAACAUGAGCAUUGCGCAAUGAAGGGUGGCAUAUUUCACAUGAGCAUUACAGUACAGCAACAGUAUGGCGUUUUGGGAGUACUUUUUAAUAAGCAGCACAGCAAAUUUCCUUCUUCACGACCCUGGUUACUUUGCUUUUUCGUAGCUUUGAUGCACACUUUUUACUCAUUUUGAGCCAUGGGUCUUUUUUCUUCGGCUUCUUAUGAAUGGCGAAUUAGGAGAGCGAACGACACA